AUGAAGCAGGAAUAAAAUCAGUUUACAUUCACCACUGUGAUCCAUCCACCUUUUGUGGAUUAGGAAAAAUAAGAAGAACAAUUUUAUCCAUCAAUCGGAUUUAAUUUUGCUACUGGCGAUGCUUAACCUGGAUGGGCUUUCAUAAGCAAGGAUUAACCACCCUGUGUUCCUUACUUUUCAUCUUACCUUAAGAAGUAGAAUGGAGCAGAAUUCCUAGUUACUGGUGGAGCUUAUCAAGAUAAUGAUUAAGGUUAAAGCACUGCCUUCUGCUUUAGAAUUCAGCUUCAUGAUCAUAUGGAAGGACACAGAAUCAAAUAUGAGUUGUGGAGACAAGGAUUAACAAAGGAAGAUGAGGAUGGCAAUGAAAUCGAGGGAGAGAAAGUGGCUGUCAUUCCUCAGAUGAAUUUCCCUAGACACAAUCACAAAGUUUUUGAACUAUUAAAACCAGGAACCACAAAUCAAUAUUUGUAUAUGGUAGUUGGAGGUCAAUUUGUGAAUUAAGAUGACUGGGGUAUCUUAAAUUAAUGUGAAAUUUACGAUGAGAAGGGACCUGUGAAUUAGAAUGGAGAGUAGUAAUGGGAAGUGGUGGAAUCUAUGAUUUAAGGUAGAGCUGGAUUUUCAGGCUUUGUUUUGAAUAAUAAGGUCUACGUUUAUGGUGGAUUGACAAUUGAGAAAGAAGAGAUUAAAGUACUCCAUAGCAAUAAGGUGGAAUGUUUUGAUUUAGCAACAAGGAAAUGGAAGGAUUUCAAGUAUAGAUAAGGUUUGAAUGUAACAAAUCAUUUGGGUUCAUCUUGUUUGCCUGUUUCAUAAAAGCAUAUUCUAAUUUUCGGAGGCUCGAAUGGUGAGAAAGUCACCGAUAAAAUUGCAAUUAUGGAUGUUGAAAAAGGGUCAAUUGAAAAUAUUAAAUAGAAAACUAAAUUGAGUGUCCCAAGAGCAGGAGCUUAAAUUUUUGUAUUGAAGUAAGUGGCUGAUUCAAUUCAGAAAAGAGAUCUGAUUGUAGUUUUGGGAGGAAAUCAGGGUGAAGUGAGUUUUGAUUACUUCACGAUAAAAGAUUAGAAUACUGUCGACAUUGAGUAUAUUGGAAAAAAUGAGUUUAAUAAUGCAUUUACUGGAGCAGUCACUGGAACUUAUACUUUUGGUGGCAUUAAUGAUAUCAGAGCCUGGGCUAAGACAAUGUAGUACAUGCCUGUAGUGACAUUAAUAUAAUGA